AAUGUUUGAUUUAUUAGUUGAACUCGGAGGAAAAUUGAAUAUAAGAAAUCAUCAAGAGUUAACUCCUCUAACUUUAGCUGCGAAAUUAGCAAAAAAAGAGAUGUACGAACAUAUUCUUAAAAUUGAAAGAGAAGUUUAUUGGACAUUUGGUGAUGUUACUUGCGCUGCAUACCCCCUUGACCAUAUUGAUACUAUUUCAUCUACUGGAGAAAUUAAUACCAACUCUGCAAUGUACCACGUAAUAUAUGGAGAUAAACAAGAGCAUAUAGAUAUGAUAGAAGGACUUAUAGGUAAUUUAUUGGAUCAGAAAUGGAAGACAUUUGCAAAAUUUAGAUUCCUGAGAAGAUUCAUAGUUUUCACAAUGUACUUUGCCGUUUUUGUUGUGGCUUUUUCUCUAAGACCCGGAACAGAUACUGAUCCUAAAAUUCGCCCAGAAAAUCGAACCAACUCAGCCGGUCAAACAUUUUUAGUAAACAAUACUAUAAAGAAUCCUUGCUAUCUCCAAAGAACAAAAACAUGGGAAGAUUACACUCGAUUAGUAUUAGAAUCAAUAAUGGUUUUAGGAGCGACAAUAUAUAUAUUAUUGAGUUUGAAAGAAGUCUAUCAUCAAGGCUAUAAGAUAUUCUUUCAAACGUUAAAGUCAGCUCCAGCCAAAGCUAUGUUUCUUAUGGCAAACUUUUUCGUUCUCCUUAUGCUUCCUGGAAGAGCCGCAUGCGCAUUUACAUACGAAGAUGUAAUGGGGGUUCUAGCUAUAUUGUGUACAGCUCCGUAUUUUUUAUUUUUUUGUCGCGGUUUUAAGCUUGUGGGACCAUUCGUCGUAAUGAUCUACAAAAUGAUUAGAACUGAUUUGUUAAGGUUCUUUACGAUAUACUUGAUAUUUGUUAUUGGAUUCUCUCAAGCCUACUAUAUACUGUACCGAAAUCGAGAAAAUACAGUGUUCAAUAACCCGGCCGAGGCAAUCAUGGGUUUGUUUAUUAUGUCAUUGGCCCAGUUUGCUGAUACUUAUGAAACCUACUACAUUUUAUACCGCGAUAAAGCUUGGACGAUGUUCUCUGAACCUUUUGAAGCCGUUAUGGCAAUGUUUAUAAUGAAUUUAGCACAGUUCCUUGAUCUAUACGACUCAUUCUCAGAAUUUGAAGAAUUGCAUUAUAUACCGAAGGUGUGA